UACAAUUGCUGAAUUCCGUAUUCUCUUUCAGAUGAAUUGAACGCCGCAUUAAUAACCGGAAAGAAAAUGAGUAUUUUUCCUUAUGUAGACCGCAGCAACUCGAGUUCUGCUCCCAAAGAGAAAUCUAGCUAUCCCAAAAUGGGUGGAGCCCUCCCACAAGUCAGCCCUUCAUGUUGGUUGAGGAAUAAGGAGAGGUAGUGCUUUGUCAUCCAUCCCUUGGGGCAUUCCUGACUUUUGGUUGUUCUAAUGUUUCCCUCAGAAAAGGUCUGAUUCAGAACAUGGAACAAGAAACAGUGGCCUAGAAGAGUGAGUUGAUCCAAUGGGAACAUGGUGUCUUGUCAAAAGAACGAAACUGAGUCUGGAACUGGGGAGAUGUCUGAAGACGCUCUAAAUAUGAAGUAUGUGGUUCAGAAUGUCCUCACCAACACGGAUCGCUUUUUGGAAGACCAUCUCUCGGGCUCCUUUCGAGUUUGGCAUGUCAUCCUCAUCAUCUCCGUCACCUUCAUGAUUGCAAUUUGUACCAUCUCCUGCUUUGUUCGAGUCCGUAUUCCCAGGACGAAGACUGAGAUCGAAGCCAACGCCAAACGACGGGCUCUCCUCAAGGACUUUAGACUAAAGCUCAAGGAGCUCAAAGCCGCCGACCUCGAUGAGAUGGAUUAUCGAAGAGCUUUGGACAAACUUCGCGAGGAAUUCAAGGCCGACAACGAGAGCUUGGCCCAAUCCGAGGCCAUUUCGAUCUUGAGUCUGUGCGACGACCUCCCCGAGGACGAUCUACGUCAACGAAGAGGUUAUUCCGAGAAGGUCCAAAAUGGAAGUCGAGAGCAAUUGGUCUAAUAACACCAAACACAACCAAUCGAUGAAGCUGCAACUGAAAUACAAUACAUUCUCUGUGGAUGCAUAACAUACCAUGAGAAACUAAUCCGGGCCUUUUGUAAUGAGAUUUCUCAAGUGCUCUUCUCGCAUUCUCGUUUCACUCGAGACUAAUGAAACUCGCUUUCGAAGACGCUGCAUCGAAUCAGGGAGUAUUAACACUGAUUCAGUUAUG